UUUUUACUUUCUACUAAACAAAGUUCAGUAAUUCCAAUCACACCCCACAUGAUACCAGUUCAUAAACCCUAACGCUGAGUAAGCAUCGUCCCCGCAGUCACCUCCUCUCACAGAAUCACCAUCUUCCCCACACCGCCGCCGAUUUCAAAACCCCCACACACAUUCCCGUACGAUGCUCCAACCGCAUGCACUCUCCCGCUCCGAUGAAGACGAAUCGUGAUUCAAACCUCAAUCCCGCACGUGCUCAACCAACAAUCUCCAUCACCAAUGCCGUCCCUUGGCACGUGACACUCUCCGAUGUCGCCGGCACCAACCGUUUCUCCCUAUGGGUUCCAUCAAUCGGACUGAAGCCUGGUUCGUUAAGAUCGCCUGCACCGUCUUCGUUCGUUACAAUUCAUUCGACCGUUUUUUGUUUUAUUUUAAAAAGCAUUUAACUCCAAACCUAGUUUCAGAGAUUGUUCAUUAUAGGUUUAAUAAUUUCCCUUCGUUAGGUUUUAAGGUUGUUGAAUUCAGUAGGGAGAAGUUGCAGAUGAAUCAUAGUUAUUGGACUUAUAGUAUGUUGUUGAGAUCACUUUGCGAAUCGAAUUGUCACGGUUCGGCGAAAUUGGUUUACGAUUGGAUGAGAUUCGAUGGGCAGGUUCCGGAUAAUUGGUUGUUAGGGUUUUUGGUUUCGUCGUAUGCGUUGAUUGGUAGAUUUGAUGUUUCGAAAGAAUUGCUUGCUGAUGUGCAGUGUAAUAAUAUUGGAGUGAAUGCCGUUGUUUACAACAAUUUGUUUAAUGUUUUGAUUAAACAGAGUAAAGUAAGGGAUGCAGUUGAUAUGUUUUGGGAGCUUAUUCAGUUGAAAUAUCGUCCGGUGACUUAUACGAUUAAUAUUUUGAUGCGAGGUUUGUGUAGGGCAGGAGAAAUUGACGAGGCUUUUAAGCUUCUUAAUGAUUCUAGGAGUUUUGGUUGUUCGCCUGAUGUGAUUACUUAUAACACUAUUAUUCAUGGUUUGUGCCGAAUUAGUGAGGUUGAUAGAGCUAGAAGUUUGCUAAAUGAGGUUUGUGUGAAAGGAGAAGUGGUGCCUGAUGUAGUUGGUUAUACGACGGUAAUAUCAGGAUAUUGCAAGAUGAGUAAGAUGGAGGAGGCAUCUUUGGUUUUCGAUGAAAUGAUUAGAUCGGGAACUACUCCUAAUACGUAUACUUUUAAUGUUCUUAUUGAUGGAUUUGUUAAGUUGGGUGACAUUGGUUCUUCGUUAGCCUUGUACCAGAAGAUGCUUUUUCAUGGCUGUUAUCCCGAUGUUGUCACUUUCACUUCCCUUAUUAACGGCUAUUUUGUUAUUGGCCAAGUGAAGUAUGCCAUGGAAAUGUGGGAUGAGAUGAAUAGCAGAAAAAUUGCUGCAAGUUUGUAUACGUUCUCUGUUCUUGUCAAUGGUUUUUGCAAGAACAGUAGAUUGCAUGAGGCUCGUGACGUUUUGAGAAAACUGAAGCAGAGUGAUGUUGUUCCACAGCCAUUUGUCUACAAUCCUGUUAUUGAUGGAUAUUGUAAAUCAGGGAAUGUCGACGAGGCGAAUAAAAUUAUUGCUGAGAUGGAGGAGAAGAGGUGCAAGCCGGAUAAGGUGACAUACACCAUUCUUAUUAUUGGACAUUGUUCGAAAGGGAGAAUGGCUGACGCAAUCGCUAUCUUUGAUAAGAUGUUGGCAGUAUGUUGUACACCUGAUGAAAUCACUAUAAAUAAUUUAAGAUUGUGUCUUUUGAAGGCUGGAAUGCCUGCUGAAGCUGCCCGAGUUAAGGAAGCUCUAUGUCAGGACAGCACGUUGAGUACUUCAUUGAAGAAGAAAUCUUUUCAUGAAAGUACAGAUGCAGAUAUACCCAUUGCUGUUUAUUGAAGUGCUAUUGCAAUCUAGUGGUUAAACAAUGCUUCCACCAUUUUGUAUUCAAUACUUGUGCAUGUUUUUGGCUUGUGGUACAAAGGAAUGCUAUAAUCAGACCGAGUGUGUCUGUUUGCUGGAGAUCACCAACAUUUACAUUUGCAUGCCCGUUCCCUCCAAGAUUCUGCUGAUUAAGCUGAAGCUAGGUCUGGCAUUGGUAUUUUGAAUUGCAAUUGUGAACUCCAACAAUCCCAUCCCAUGCUGUGAAUCACCUAAACCUAGACUUUUUUGACCCUGCGGGUUCAGAGACAAAGUACUUCUCAGUUUUCCUUUGCCCUAUUCGGAGAGGCUCAAGUUUCACGAUUCACCAUCGUAAAUCCUACAUGGGACUUGAAAGAAUGUCAGUCAAUGAGUAUAGCAUGAUUCAUCACAAGUUUAAUAAAACUCACUGGAUGUAACUAGUAAAAUGUUUAAGAGAUAAGGUGAGUUAUGUUGAACAAAAUUUCAUGCUUGAAGUUCAAUAUAUGAUUGGCUAAGUAUCUGGCCUUUGGGUUCGAAUUCUUCCGUGGAGUCAGGUUUAUGCAUCCUUUUUGGCUCAUGUGAUGUCAUAGGGUGUAACAAAAGUUUUCAUCACUAACGUGAAGAAGUUUCAACCAUAUAUGAAUUUUUUUAUUCUUUCUGGACAGGAGUUUACCAUAAAAUAGAAGGUGAGUAGCAAUCACAUAUGGCCGAUUUGAUAAAAGUGUAUCUUUCAGGAAGAGUUGUAUAUCGUGCCUUAAAAAGGCUAUUUCCCAAGUCUCAAAACUCUGCAGCCAACUCUUGUCUUGUUUCAGCUGUUGAUUAAUUCUUUGUAUUUCAAUUUUUUAUCCAAACUCACCUGGUCAAAUAAAGAGGUGGACCAUCACAUUAGGUAGCUAUAAA